CAAGUGCUCCGGGACGUUUUGAGGUUAUGUGGCCUCACGGUGUUUAUAAAUAAAUAAUAAUUAGAUAGGAAUAAUAAAUAAUGGAGAGUAAUCGUGACGAAAUCGACGACGAUUCCAUUUUGUACGAGCUUUUGGAGUAUUUUGUUAAAGUACAAGAUCCAGAACUGAUCAAAUGGAAAAACGACACCGCAAUUCUCUCCACCCCGGGCACGAUAAAGAACGCCCUGCGCUACUUGAACAACCGCUACUCCCUCCCGGAGUCCAUCUCCCAGCAGAUAAGCCUGACCCUUCCCUGGAAGUUCUCCAUCGACCCCAACGGUCGCCUCCUGGCGCUCCUCCUGGAGAACUCCCUGGAGAUCCGCAAGUCGAAGGACGAGUUCUCGUCAGUGAUAUCGAAGGCAACAGUCCCCAAGGACGCCUUCCCCCAGUGGCGCAAGCUCUCCUGGAGCCCUGACGCCUCCCUCCUGGUGCUGGCCUCCAGCAACGGCAGCCUCUCCUUCUACAACUCCCUCGGCAACAACAUCUUCACAAUCACCCCGAGAACCGUCUCCCAGAGUCCGGACAUCCUCGAGGCAGGGGAUGCCAUCUCCUCCUUGAUGUUCAAACCUCCCAGGGAAGACAAGGAAAAAUGGUCCUACGAGUUUCUGGUGGUCACCUACAGUGGACUGCUGAAGUCGUACAGCAUCUCCGGGACUCAUGGCUUCAAGCACAAUUACGAAUUUUCGUUCGGGAAUUUCUUUCGGAAGGGAGUCAAUGCCUUCGCCUACUCGGAGAAGCACAAUCUCUACAUCGUUGCAGGCAACUGCAUCACCCAAAGCCACUUGGCGUCGCCAGCGGCGAGCAGCGGUCUCACCUCCUGGCGCCCCCUGAACGACUACCCCUUCUACAAGCUCUCCUUCACCUUCGAGGAGAACUCCACCUCGACGCUCUCCCUCUGGAGCCUGAUCCCCUCCUUCCGCACGCCGCCAGCCCCGGUGAUCUUCCGGAUCUCCAUCUCCCCGGGGUGCAGCCACCUCGUCUGCCUGCACACCGACGGCGCAGUCUCCCUCUGGGACCUCCCAAGCCUGAAACUCCGAAAGAAGUGGAGCCUCCCCGAUCAGCCGGGCUACGACGCCCAGAAUCCCCUGCCCCCGAAGAGGCUCCGCAGGAGCCCCACCACCUCGGACUUCCACCCCGUGGACAUCGGCUGGUGGUCGGACCACUCCAUCAUCAUCGCGAGGUACUCCGGAGCCGUCUCCGUCUGCUCAAUGUCCAGCCUGUCGAACCUCCUGGGCGCCAGCCCUGAAUUCCUCUCUGGCCAGCCCCAAAUCUCCGAGUUCUACUCGGGGAAGGGCUUCCUAGCCCUCGACUGCGAGACCCUGGUGACCUCGAAAAAGCGAAAGAGAACCCCCAGCCACGACGGCUCCCCCUCCGACGCCGAGGAAAGCGACCAGGAGGAAGACGAACUGGAGCCAAUAACCCUCCUAGACUACUCCAUAAACCUCCUAAAAUCCCUGAUCUACUCCAUAACCGACAUCGAGAGGUUCCAGCCCAAGCGAAAGAAAUCAAAGAUCCUGCAGAGGACCUACAGACUCCUGGGGCUGAAGAGCACGACCCCCGAGGAGCUCUACGCCCGCAAGAUCGACAUCGAGGAGUACGAGGACGCCCUGAGCCUCGCCAACACCUACAACCUGGACAAGGACCUGGUGCACCAGACCCGCUGGAGGAAGUCCGAGUUCUCGUUGGCAGCCAUCAACGACCACCUGAGCAAGGUCUCAAAGAGGUCCUGGGUCCUCAACGAGUGCAUCUCCAGAGUGCCAGACACCCUGGAGGCGGCCAGAGAGCUGUUGAACUUCGGUCUUCGAGGGGCCAACCUGGAGACAUUCCUGUCGAUAUCCACCCACGACGACGGCAAGCUGAUGGACGAGAAAGUCAACGAGGAGCUGGCAGAGCUGAAUCGUGGACCCAACAGUCUCAAGCAGGUUCAGAAGAUCAACGACCUGCUGAAGGGGAUGAAGGAGGGCCUGACGGAGCCCCAGAAGGAGCUGAUCGGUUACAGAAGACAACUGCUGGAUCACCUGGACAAACUGAAGACCUACGAGAUCCUCAUCGGGGAGGGCUUCAAGUACAGAAAGGAGUUCUACGAGAAGUUCAGGAGGCUCUCGCUCCUGGAGAAUGCUGUUAAAUUCGCCAGGGACUGCGAUUACAGGGCUGUGGAGAUCAUGUUCACGUAUCACGGGGGCAAGCUGAUGCCCCACUGGCUGGCGAUAAUCAGUUGCUUUCCGGAGACGCUGAGUCCUGGGGAGUACGAGAAGUUACUGCCAGAGUGCGACAGUGAGGGACAGCUGUAUCUGCUGUAUCAGAAGGAGUUGAGGACCAGGGACUGGUCCGAGAAGUCCCAGUUCGAGGGGAUCGCCUCGGGGGAGUCCACUGGGGACUCAGAGACGAUCUACGAAGACGAUCCCUCAUUGGCCCCCUACAGAACCACAGAAUUAACGAUGAACUUGCUGACCAAGUGGUACAAAUCUCGGGCUAAUCAGAUUGAACGAGAUAGCUGCAUCGUGGAGAAUGCCCUUGAACUGAUUAAAAUAGGAAAGUCACACAGGAUUGAUGGCCUCGAGGACCUCCUGGUGGAGCUGGAGACCCUGAACGACCUCAUUUACAAGAUCUACCUGGAGGACAUGUCCCUCGCGCAGCUGGAGAAGCUGUCGAACCUCCAGAAGCUCCAGCUGCUGAUGAGCAGAACGACGGAGGAGAGCUUCAUCAACGACAUCACGAGUUUUCUGCUGCCUUUUCUUUAUAGGAGGCAGGAGCACCUGGACGUCGCCCUCGAGAAGCACCUGUUCAGAGAGUAUCUGGUGGAGUUGAGUCAGGCUGACCUGACGUUUCCGUCGAUUUUGUUCCACAAUCUGGGCCAAGACCCCAGGAUCGUCGAGGUCAUUGAUGACGUAAUGACACUGGCUCUAGGAUGCAUUCACUCGUGUGUCAGUCCUGACAUGUACGAAAAGGCUAGAGAUAUUUUUGAUGCUGUAUCAAAGAAUUUCAGUAUUAAAGACUCUUCGAGGUCUGAGAAUCCUCUGGACGAUCUUGGGAAGGAGCUCGAGUGCCUGAAGAUACUGAAUAAGUACCACGUGAGCUCGACGAUCAGAUUUAUAAGUGAGAAUAAGGAGAAUCCUGAGCCGGUGAGAGUCCUCCUGAACGAGAUGGCGAGUUCGUUGAAGGAGAGAUCACCUGCGCCCCCUCAGGAGGCUUGGACGGAGCUUCUUAAUGAUAUCCUGGAGGUCCAGGGACUGGUAUUCAACUGUAUAGAAACGGAGAUUUGUUUUGAGAUAGUGGCUUCGACGAAAUUGUCGUCUGGAGUGAAGGCCAAUAUUCAGGAUUGUGUUUCUCUGAUCGAGACGAGGAGGAAGGAGGGAUCGUUUCUGAAGAUAUCGUACCCCAGGGCGAUUGAACUGGUCGUGGAGGCGGCCAGGAGGUACUUUGACUCUUCGAAGAGUCUGCAUGAUCCAACGAUGGAGCUCGCCAAGGCUUGCUUGAAUCUCAUUGAUGAGGAUGAUAAGGUGGUGCAGAGGGAGUUCGAUCUGAUCAAUGCUCUUCAGGUUCUGGAUGAGUUCAGUUUGAAUAUUCUGCCACUUCAGGUACGAAACUGCCCGAACAAGCUCAAGCUAAUCGAAAACUGUCUCGACACCUGUGAGGGUGCCUACAAGCGCCAGCAGCGUCUCCUAACCCUCUCCUCCUACCUCCACCUAGACACCCACAACCAAAAGCACCGCGAGGGCAAGAUUCUCUCACUGAUCGCCACCAAAUCCUUCCAAGUCGAGGACUUCGCCACCUGCGCAUCCACCUGCAAACAGCUCAUCGACAGCAGCUACUCCCCCGCCUGGGGGAUUAUCCACAAGCUAGCCUCGUGUCAGAGCUACCCAGACCUGGAAUUCAAGAAACGCUGCUUCUGGUUCACCAUCACUCACGGCCCCCCUGACAUCCUCGAGGACUCCCUCAGGCAAGUCCACCUCCUCGAGAUCCAGUUGCUGAACAAAAACCUCGAGACCUGGAUGUCCUCUCACGCCUACGACGAUCUGGCAACCGAUCCCGACGAGGACAGCGACCCUGACGAUGACUUUGCAGACGCCAUCACCACUCCCCAGGUCGAAUCCAGGGAGUUCGUCCCCAAGAUCCUGGAGACGUCGACUGGAAUCGUCAAGAAUUCCGCCCAGAUCUUCAAUCAGUCCCUCGGGAUUCUCAGGAGCGUCAGCAAUCAGGGAUUCUGGAGGGCCGCCCUCAACAUCAACCGGAAAAACGUCUUCGAGGACACGUACGACGUCGAUGAGGACGCCACUCUGGAGAAGUACAGGGGAAUUUUGCAGAGCUUUCCGUUCUUCUAUCAAUCGCUGCACGAGAAUUGCCUCGUCAGCAGGAUCGACACGAGGUACUCCAAGUACUCUCAACCCGAUGUUGAUAAUACGAAGUUGAAGAUGUGUCAGACUCUCGUGAGGGUCGCGUUGCUCAGCGAGACGGCUUCCUAUGGGCUGGAGAUUUCUGACAUCAGACAUUUCUUCGUCCAGUGCUGCAGUCAUGUUAUGAAUGACGACUGGACUCUUGGGUUCUCGUAUCUGCUGGCUUGCGGGGGGGAUGUUGAGGAGGUGAUGAGGGGGUUGAAGAGGAGCGAGCUUCAUGUUCAGGGGAUUAUUUAUUUUUAUGGGGUGCAGAUGUUUAGGGGGAUGUUCCCGGGGGAUGAGAGGUAUCUCUUGUACGACCCCAUGGAGGUGGUGAGGGGGAUGGUUGAGCAGGCGUGGGGGGGCGAUGAUGAGGUGAAGAAGGCGAUUGUUUACUGGGUUGAUAAGCUGAGAGAGGAGGAAGUUGAAGAGGUGAAUGGAGGGGAGUCGAUUGGAGAACAAACGGUUGAGCAGGCGAGGGGGGGUGAUGAUGAGGCGAAGAAGGCGAUUGUUGACUGGGUUGAUAAGCUGAGAGAAGAGGAAGUUGAAGAGGUAAAUGGAGGGGAGUCGAUUGGAAAACAAACGGAAUUGGAGAAAGAGGCAAAUGACUUGGGGGGAGGGACUUUUAAAGUGGUUGAUGAUGUGGAGGGAGACUGGGGGGAUGACGCCUGGGGUGAUGAUUUCUCGGCGGAAGUUGAGGAGGAAGAAAUUGAGGGGAAUGAAGAGUGGAAGGAGGUGGGAAAUUUGGGGGAAAGCGGGAGCGCUGAGGGGGAUGAGGCUGGGGGUGCCUGGGGUGACGCUGAAUUCAAUGAUGACGAUAUUGUUGUUGACCUUGAAGAGGUCAAAGAUGAGGUUGAAGAUGAUGAAAUUGAUAAGGUGAUUUUAGAUGGUGAAAAAGAAAAUUGUGAGGGUUUUAAACGAUUGGAGGAAAAAAAAUGUGGGAAAAUUGAGGAUAAUGGGGAGGGGUGGGGGGAUGAGAGUGGAUGGGGUGAUGAUUGGCCAGAGGAUGGGGAGACGGCGGGUGCGGUUGAUGAAGGGGAAACGAAAAUUAAAGGAGAAGUGGGGGAAAUUAGGGAAGAGAAGAUGGAAGUCAGUGAAGAAAAGGGAGAAGUUGAUGAGAAGAAAGUGACAGAAAAAAUUGAUUCAGCGGAGUUAUCUGAAGGUCAAGAGUGGGGCGAAGAGGGGGCUGGGUGGGACAGUUGGGGGGACUUCCCGGAAGUUGAAGAGGACGGAAUUGUGGGAGAGAAAUCGUCGGGUGGGGAUUUUCCGACUGCGAGGGAAGACGACAUUCCGAUUGUUGAUGACUCCACGGAGGAAGAACGGUUUCAAAUAUUUGAGGAUUUAUUCACGAAUAUGGAAAGCAAGAAUGAUUAUGAGAUGGUGAAGGAGGUGCUGAAGAGGUGGCCGCAGUUCCAAGAGCCUGAAUUUGUUUGUGUUGAUAAAAAUCCGGUUCUUCUGAUGAUUGAGAGAGUCAGUUGGGUUUUUGGGGGGAAGGGUCAGUCCAAAGGGGAGAGCAUCGUCCUGGAGGAGUAUAGGGAUCUUUUGCGAGGGCAGCUAAUUCCUGAAGAGGUUCUCCAUCAAUUUAUCGAAAAGAGUGACGAAAAAUCCAGUCUCGAAGAAAAAAUUUUCCUCAGACUAUCCUCGAAUAUCCCGGAGCUCCAUGAGGAAGCUGUCGACCUGAUGAAGUCCUCGAACCUCUCUGAAUUUCCAUUACCAAUCCUCGAGGAAGCUUUCUUCAAGAACUUAACACCAUCAUUCCCUCCCCACCACCCGAUCUACGAUAAAAUCCUCGAGCAGAUGUUCCUGAAUCAUGAUUUACCUGAGCUGGAGCCCAACAUGAGGAUAUUGAUAAAAAAAUUGAUGGAGCAGAAACAUAUUCCUUAUGCGGUUGCCCUCUGGAACCAACUGGCUGGUGUGCCACCAGCAUUGACCACCUUCGAGAGUUGCUUUCAGCUUUUAAUGAAGGAAUAAAUUGUCUGAUUAUUUCUAAUUGCAAAAUGAUCACCAAUCGAGUGUUAAAUUCAGUAUCGAAGUGGCAUAAUGUAAUGGAAGAGUUUUUUGCACGUUCAAAUGUAAAAUUAUGUCAGUGAUGAGCACACAAACGAUUAAAUUUAGCAGAAAAGCCCAGCAACUCGAUAGAAAAUUCUAUUGAAUUUCUAUUGCACUUCAAUGGAAAAUUCCAUUGAUUUUUGGUCAAUUCCAUCAAAGAAUUCUUCAAACUCAAUUUUCAAUGGAAAUCCAAAAAGAUUUUCUAACGAAUUCAGAAAUUUUUCAUAGGUAUAAAUUGAAAA